GAGAAGAAAGAGAUUGGGGUGGAAAAGAUUUGUUGGAGUGAUGGGGGUGGGGGAGGGGGUUAGUUUCGCGCUCUAAUAAUGUUACCGCUGACCAUUUACACAGCCGUCCUUUUGUUGUCACGGCAGACAGAUAUAGAUAUUUUCCUUUUGCUCCUAAAUAUCCAUUCAUACUUCGCGUUUUAUUUAUUUAUCUGUUAUUCAUUCCAUCACCACAAACAGACGUCGGAGAUGUUUUACCUUUCACGUAAACUUGGAGUUCUUAAGCCUUGCUGGGACAUUCUCUUGGGCAACACAACCCUACAGUCACUUUACCGAUCCUCUGCAGUAAGGGCCACUAUUUGGACAGGCCAGGAGACACUAGAAGAUGAUGACCCCGAGAUGAAUGACUUGAUCAAACAGGAAAAAGACCGACAAGUUAGGGGACUGGAACUCAUAGCAUCUGAGAAUUUCUGCAGUAGAGCUGCCUUGGAAGCCAUGGGAUCUUGUUUGAAUAACAAGUAUUCUGAAGGGUACCCUGGACAAAGAUACUAUGGAGGGACACAAAUUAUUGAUAAAAUUGAACGACUUGUUCAGAAGAGAGCACUGGAGGCCUUUCACCUUGAUCCAAAUGAGUGGGGUGUAAACGUACAACCAUACUCAGGGUCUCCUGCUAAUUUUGCUGCCUAUACUGGCCUGUUGAAGCCACAUGACAGAAUAAUGGGGCUUGACCUGCCCCAUGGGGGACAUUUAACCCAUGGCUUUAUGACUGACACCAAGAGGAUCUCUGCAACAUCAAUAUAUUUUGAGUCAAUGCCAUACAGACUGAAUGAGGAGACAGGCUUGAUUGACUAUGACAAAUUAGAAGAAACUGCUCGUCUUUUCCGCCCUAAAAUGAUCAUUGCUGGGGCUAGUGCUUACUCAAGGCUUUAUGAAUAUGAGCGAAUGAGAAAGAUUGCUGAUGAGCAUAAAGCUGUUUUACUGGCAGAUAUGGCACAUAUAAGUGGUCUUGUAGCUGCUCAGGUAAGCAGGCAAUAUAUCUUAUUAGAUGUUUUGAAGUUAAGAGUUGAUCACUCAUUCCUUUGUUUUGUAGGAGUACCCGCUUUAACAUCUCGCAAUUUUAAAGAAGCUGACUUUGUUAAAGUUGUGGAGUACCUUGACAGAGGAGUAAAGAUUGCUUUAGAGGCGCAAAGCGCAACAGGUGACGUUAUGAAGGACUUCCUCUCGCACAUUGAUUCCAACACAGAAAUCAAAGCAAAGAUUGAUACUCUCAGGGGAGAGGUGGAGAGCUUUGCCAGAAGUUUCCCAAUGCCUGGAUUUGACAAUCACUGAAUGACAUGAAAAUGAGAAUAUGAAAUUUACCUGUUUAGCUCUACCCCUCUUCCUGUCACGUGCGUCACGCCACUGAUUUUAUGGAGAAGUGAGCUGUUGAUCUUUCGGGAGUUGAAAAGUUUUAAAAUAGUCAUGAAUGAAACAGAGACAAUACUAAUAUAAAUGAUCAAAGGUAAUGGUUGCUAUAAAAACCGUCUUGCUGCCCUUUAACUUGUUGAAAUUGAAUUGAAAGGUACUGUAUUGACAAAGAGUGAAAAUUUUAUCAAUUUACUGUUAAGCGCUAUGUAAAUGCUGAUGUUACGCGAUUAUCGUGUUUUUAGUCAUCUUGAACCUGACUUUUUUAUCCGCUUUUACAGCAGUAAAACAUCUCGUAAGCAACUGCUAACACAGCCCGCGUAGUAAGCAUUCCCGUACAGAGGAUAAGGCUCUUUUUCGCAUUCCGUACCCCCGUCUCUGUCGACUUUUUUCCACAAUUUUCGCGCGACCAACAGGCCAGAAUCUCUUUGCUCGUACCGGAACGCUUGCUACGCAGGCUGCUUCUAAACAGUUUGGAAAGCGUAGGAUUACGACAAGAGCACGAUACGAGCUGCGUUAGGUCCGGUAUUGAUAGGUAAUCACAUCGACAAUUCUUGUCCGUCUGCGAAGUGGUAACUUUUGGUAAUACCACACAACUUACAAUGUUGUACCAAAAUACAUCCAUGGAACAACCCGAGAAAGAGUAACUGCCAAAAGAGACCCAUUCAGGACAAUCGAACAGAAACGUAAGUUAAGGCAUUAAAUGUAUGACUGGUAUAAAUUCUGACAAAUAAAAAUUGAAUAAGCUGUU